UCCAUAAUUUUUCAGAAAAUGAGUUUUUUUUUUUUUUUUGGCUGAAUAUAUAUAGGAAGAUGAAUUUGUAACUGUAAAGUGCUUUUAUGUUGUUAGCUGUGAAUACAAGUCAAGAAUGGGUUGAAAAUAAGGGUUUAUAUUACCAUUUUUGUAUGUGUUUAUAUCUUCUCUUGGUCGGGUUGUGUAUAGUAGGAGGUGGUCCAGGAGCUAUAUUUCAAUGAUUUGUCCACAUCUGAGUGUCUGGCUAGCAAGUAUCUGUCUCUCUCUUGCUAGUUCUAUAUUUUCAUUUAGUUUUGAGACAUGGAUGGUGGUUGAGCAUGAGAAGUCUCAAAGCAUUACACAAGAAAUUAGUCAUGGGGGAUAUUUUGCAGAGGAAAAACAACACAGAAGAUACUUAUGGAGAUAACUAUUGGUGUUGUGACAAUCAAAUUGUCCAGGCAGUAUGGACACUAGUCCCCAUGUGUGGUUUGGAUGAUGGGAAUAGUUUUAUGGCAUUGGUGUCUGAUUUUAUAUCUAGGGUUGGUAUUGGGAAUCCUCAUAGCGUUGUUUUUCAUCUCCCUGGAGAUUCUGGACAGACACAUGUUUGCCGACCACUUAAUCCUGAUAAUAGUACAGAAAUUAGUUUUCGCAUGGACACUGGUAUAUCUGAAGAACUUCUGAUUUCACUUAUGCGGCUUCUGAAGAAGUAUCUGAUUGACGACUCUGUUAAGAUAAUUGAUAUGACAUCACAAACAAUUCGGGUGAGUUCAUAGUGCAUUUGGAUUUUUCUAUGUUUUCCUAGUGAGGUUUUACCAUACCAACCAUGUUUUGUGCUUGCCAGACUCUCUUUCAUUGAAUUUGAUGUAUGUGCAUUUUGUUUCAUGUUUUCUUUGUACAUUGAAGAUAUUACACUAUUAGAAGAGUGUACACUGUUUGCUGGUUGCAUUAGUCGUUAAAGGACACUUUCUUUUAAAUAUGAAUUACAAUCCUGGUUUCUGAGACCAUGCUCAAUGUAAGUUGUGGGUUUGUUUCAUUACAUAAAAUACAAAAUAUUUUUUUGUUUGGUCAUGUUUUUGUGUUUAGGGUGAUUAUUGGUCAGUUAAAAGUGGAAGCUUAUGUAGAAUGUCAAUGAAAAUGAUAUAAAAUUGUCCAUAAAAAUGUUAUAAAAUUGCCAUGUAUGAAAACACUUGGAGACACCACUAUUCAGAUGUAUAGAUAAAUGGUAGAGUUUAUGUUAUUUCAUUAAGGGUAAUCUUGUAAUUUCUCAAACUAUUUAAUGAAAAUACAUGGGUCUGGGAUGGGAAAAGUGACUCAUUAUAAAACCCUAUUUUUGUAUUAUGCUUUCUUUUUCUCCAUCUUUUCUUUUCUACUUUUAACUAUCCAUUGUUAUGGGUUGCGAUAGAUUCUGUUUCAAGGUGAGUGAAAAUAUGGAUUCAAAAGAAGUCACAGAUGCUCACCCAAUUUUAAGGAAGAGAAUUAUUUUUGUUUUCCAUUUAAACACAUAAUUAUGUAUUUCAACUAAAAGUUUGAAUUAUCAGUUGAAAGACCACAUGGAAUCUGUGCCUAAAUUUAAG